UCGUGGGCCCUGGAACCCUUCUUCUCACUUCGCUACUUCGCUUCCCCUUCUCUCUCUUCUCGCGGGCGAUCCAAAGGCGGCGGCGGCGGCGGCUCUACGCUGUGGUUGGCGUCGAGCUCGGUGGCGGCGGCGGCAUGGCGAUGCGGAUGAUGGCUGCCUCAUUUGUGCGGCGACUGGCGCCGGCGCGCCCUCCUGCUCUCCUGGCGGAGGUGGAGGCGGUGACUUGCGGGCGCGGGGACAAGAAGACCAAGCGCGGGAAGCGGUUCAAGGGCUCCUACGGCAACGCGCGGCCGAAGCGGGAGAAGAAGAUCGAGCGCAUCAAGGACCGGGUCGAGGUUCCCCGUUCCACCCCGUGGCCCCUCCCCUUCAAGCUCAUCUGAACCGAGCGAGACCUCCCCUCGGUUCGUCAGGCUACCUAGGGUUUUACUUUUACCCCCUACCGAUUGCUACUACUCUCCGCUGUUUCCAUUAGCUCCACUCCCAGGGCAUGUGUCUUUCAUAGUCGUUUCUCUUAUGGGGUUCCGUCAUAUAUGUACUGACUAGUAGUGAAUCGAACUGCGAUGUUACAACUUUGGUCAGUGCCGUUGCUAUGGUUGAAAUGGAUCAUGAUUUUGUGUCCUUCUGUCAUCGUGCUAUCUGGAUGAUGAUGAUAAAUUAUUGGAAAUAAUGAACUUAUUAGUUACUGAUU